AUGUUUAAGGACCAGUCCUAGUUCAUUCAUUCUUCAUUGAAAGCUUAAUUCAUCUUUCAUUCCAUUCAUCACAACUCAGUGUCAACAAAGAAGCUGAUGGAGCAAGCACUGUUGGCUGGUGUUGCUACAAAGAUUGGUGAAACAUUGGCUGAAGAAACAAUGAAGAAGAAGAGUGCCAGCUCCAAACAAGAUGAGGUUCAGUUACUGUCACAAAUCCACAGCAGCAUGGAAAGAAUCAAGAGUGAGUUUGAAGUCAUGCAAGCAUUCUUAAACCGCGUCGAUAAACAGAGGGAUGAAGUCACUGAAGCUUGGUUGAAAAGAGUUCGAGAUGUUGCAUCACAAGUCGAGAAAGUUGUCGAUGAGUUUGCAAAGAUUGUUCGAGGUCCGAGUAAAAAAUUAUCCAAGGCUUUGCUUGAAACUUUUAAGUACAACUCUUGGGAUCCUCUUGUUUCACAUGUUAAGGAUCGCCGGAAUACGGUUAAUAAUUUCUGCAACAAUUUGUGGACUACUAACUUAAGUGGUUUGAAUCAAAUUGCUGCUCAGUUGAAGACAAUAGAAGCUGAUCUUGAUCACAUUCUGAAAAUGAAGAUCAGAUGGGAAGUAACAACGAUGAAUUCAUAGACGAAAAGCUUAUAAGUUCUCUAUGGAAUUGUCUGCAUUGUAAAAAGAAUAUUAGUUUCCAUAUAAACCUGAUAAAGUGUGAUCUUUAAGAACUAAAUUUGUAAGCAUAAAAGCAAAAUUCAAACACUGUUUGAU